CCCAACCUCGUUGCCCACCACAAAACCAAAUUGAAAAGCGUCGCCUUCAUCCCUCCUCAUGUGAGCACUGGAAAACGCGAGCGCGUCUGUUCGUGCAUUUCCAAGCCGGAGCUUUGGCGAAGGAGACGAUAUAACACUGCGAGGGAGACGAUGGAGCGCUGGCAAGCAGGCGACGAAGUGCUUGCGAGGAGACGACGGGGGCGCUGACGAAGGAGACGAUUGAUUUAGUGCGAUUGACGAAAUCUGGUUUGUGAGGACCACAGGGGGACCACUGCAGAAAUAGUCA